GCAAUAUAAGAGUGAGAAACGCAUCGAACCCAUUCAUUGUGCCAAUCUGAAAAGUCCAACCUGUUUGAACCAGAAUGAAAGCUUCGGUAUUUGUGAUUCUGUUUCCAUUCUGUCUAGCGGUGAAAAUCAAGUUGGAAAAUUAUACUAACACAUUUGAAACAACAUUCGGAUGUCUGCAGCUCAGUACGAAUGAUGGCUGUCGACCUUAUCUGUCCACCAACAGAUUCAAACACCUCAGGACAACGGUAAAUAACGUUACCAUUAUGAGGAUGGGUGUGAUGGCAGCUGAAGGACCGCACAUCCGCUUGUCAAAGAUCGAGUAUCCGGUAGACGCUAAAAUUAAUGAAAUCGUACUUUCUGCUUGGAACAAUACGGCAAGUGAGAUGCGAAGUUACGUACGCAAGGCAGAUGGAACUUUAACGGAUUAUCAACUGCUGAAACGUAUCAGUACCCCCGGGAUGUUGUCACGGUUCUAUCCGAUGCUGUUUACGAUGGAAAUAGACCAGAAUGGAGUUGUCAAACUGGUUAAAGAUGGACACAGGGUUCCGUUGGUGGAAUUCCAAGAUCGAAACCUUUCGUUUAACUAUGUGGGAUUCUGUACUUACAAAGCACCGGCCACAUUCUUCUUCGAUUGUCCUCUUGUUUAAUGGAUAACAGUCGAGCUUCCAUCUUACUUAUUUUUAUUUCUUUAUCUUUAAGUUCAGAUUUUAGGCCAAAAGUAAGUUUCAUCACAUUUUAAUGUUUUGAUUUGAAUUCCAAAAAUAAUUAUAUUCUAUAAAUAAUUACCAAAAAAUAUAGGUUCAUUCUUGAAAUUUGACCAUGAAUUAGUUUAAGAAUCGAUUGAGCACAUGGAAAUCUCGAAUUUCCUUCUCUAAAUUGAAAUUAUUGUCAUGAUUUUUUAUGUGCAGAAUAAGUUUCCAGAACAUUGUUGACCUCAAAAAUUCGACCAUGCCAAGUUAUUUAUUGUAUACCAGUUUUUAAAGAAUAAAAUGACCAAGUAGUGUAAUUGUCGCCGAAAAAUGCAAAUAACAAGCAACAAAAGAGAAUAGCGAUAAGUUUUUGUCUUCAUCUGCAGAUGAUAAGGACAAUGUUGCGUUCCAUUUUCUCUGCAACAAACAUGGAGAAGUAAUUGUUGUGAACUUUUCAAACUGCGAUAAGUUGUAUAUUACAGAAGUAAAAUACAACCCAUGUUAACAGAUUGUUAAGUUUAUAACUAAUAAUUAAUAACUGAUACUUAUUUAACCUUCUUCAGCUAGGAAACAAGCUUAUUCAGCUAAAAUUGUUUGUUAGGCUUUUGAAUUGCUAAAAAUACCGGAUUGUACCGAACGUUCUGUCUAUCUUUGUGUAUUCCUAAUGGAUUCUCGAUCUGCAGCUAGCAUUAUUGCUCGGCAAAUUCGAGUUCUAGUUUUUGAGAAAAGAAUUUAACAUGAGUAAAGCUCACGUCACAAAUCAUAAUAUGCAGAAGGAACAUGUAUUUAAACGCCCUUGGAAAAGCCUGAACAUUUCUAGGAUUUGAGACAGAAAACUAAAAAAAAUUCUGCGUCCAUCGGUUUCGUUUAUUUUAAGAAAUGUUAUGCAAAUUUGACAACAUUUUGCAUAUCUCAACCUUUUUGUCUAACUACUGUACGAGUAAAAAAUGGACACAAUAAUGUGUUGAAGCAAUCACACCAUCAUUGGAAAUCAGUCGAUUUUUCUCAUUUUAUAAUUUGGGCAACAAAAUAUGGUAUCAAAACGUAUCACGUUUUUUUCUUGGUUUUUCGACCGCCCCUCCUCCCAUGAAAGAUUUAUUUCAUACAAAUGAUUUUUUAUUUAUAUGGCGCGUCAGAAAACUAUUUUCAAUUGCUUUGGCAGUUAAACAAUCCUGCUGUUCCGAUUUCGAAAUCUGUGAAAUGAUUUAAGAAUGAAACAAUUGUGAAAUUAAAAAAAAUAAAGCACUAAUUUUUCCGAUUUUUCCCCCGCAAAUUAACUUAACGCCCACACCUCCGCUAACAUCCAAGCCAACAACUAGCGCCAUUGGAGGUGGCUACACUGCUGCAACAUCUGUGCCGUUUCCUGACCCGGACAGUCGUGGAACCUUGAGACCGAAUUCCAUACCCCAACCAGAACUUUUGAACCAAUCACAACAACUGUGUCCUCGGUAACUAGCGCGCCAGUAAACCGGACGUUAUGACCCCACCGGGACGAGCGGGUCGACCUCGGCACCUAGUGCUUAGCUAAUACCGACUGUACA